AUGUCGCGCUCGCCCCGCGCACGCACCGAGGACGACGCCCCGCCCACGGACUGGCUGGGCGAGCUGCCGCCGGAGCUGCACCUCCGCAUCCUCGAGGGCGUCGACGACUUCUCCGACUGCGCCGCCUUCAGCCUCGCGUCGCCGCGCCUCGGCCUCCUCGCCCUGCGCAGCGGCCUGGCGCGCUUCAAGGACCCCCUCUUCGCCGUGGCGAUGCGGCUGCUGCUCGUCCAGCGCCGCUGCGCCGACCCCUUCGUCACGGUGUCGGCAACGCUCAAUGAGGUUAUCCUCCGCAGAUACGCCGCCGACCGCCGCGCCAGCGCCGACCACUUCCCGUGGCUUGCGAGGGUGAGCCCGGCGCUCCGCCUCUCGUCGGAAGUGACGGGUGCUGGCGCGAGUCGCGCCGAACACUGGAGACUGCGGCGCGGCGAAGAGAAUGGCGCGAAUCUGCGGCGACGCCUCUUGCAGUCCGGCACGGUGCAGCACUACGAGGGCGAGCGAGGCGCGGAGCGGGUGGUGCGCAUGGAGUCUGCCGACGGCGAGGUGGCCUUCUACGAGGGCGAGCGAGGCGCGGAGCGGAUGGUGCGCAUGGAGUCUGCCAACGGCAAUGUGCAGUACUACGAGGGCGAGCGAGGCGCGGAGCGGCUGGUGCGCAUGGAGUUAGCCGACGGCAUGGUGCAGCACUACGAGGGCGAGCAAGGUGCGGAGCGAAUGGUGCGCAUGGAGUUGCCCGACGGCACUGUGCUGCACUACGAGGGCGAGCGAGGUGCGGAGGAGCGGGUGGUGCAGGCGGGCGCGAGCGAGGACAAGGCGGCCGUGGAGAAGCGGUACAAGGCCAUGCGGGUCGCAGAGCUGAAGAGCGAGUGCGAGCGCCUCGGCUUGGCCACCACCGGCGUCAAAGCAGCGCUCGUGGCGCGCCUCCUGGCGGCCUGA